UUUAACCGGUAAAUAAUUUUGAGCUACACGUUUGUUAUCUAAUAUUAUGUUGUGGCAAUAAAUACGCUGUAUUUAGAUACACUUAACUUGUCUAUAGAGUAGGGUGGAGGAAGAUGGAACACCGUUUGACUAUUUUCUCGUCUCAUUUAGUAGUAAACAAAGAAUAUUCAAAGAAUUAUAAAACUAUAUCCUCACGACUCCCAUUGACCGUUGUUAGUCGUUUAAAACAUGUAAUAAUGGUAUUUUCGUCCACUCUACUAUGUAUAUAUAUAUAAAAGUCGUACAACUAUUGCUUCGGAAACUUCGAAACUGGGUUAACUAGAUGAGCGUUGUUCAGGUUUCGAAUUCCACACUUCUUCGCUCUCAUUGUGUUGUGUGUACAAUAAUACGCAAUCAAUAUCCGAGGUUCGUUCAGGGUGGAAGGAUAUAACCGGUUACGGGUGCUUAGACAUGAAUUGGUAAUUGGAACAAUAGUUUGAAUUGAUUUUAGUUUUUGGUGAUCUUACCAACAAUGGUAUCAUUGAUGACGAAAUCCGAUAUCGCCGAAAAUAAUACUCGAACUGGAAGGCGAAUAUCUGCCACAACAAAACUUUCGAACGAACGAUGUUUAAACGUCGCAGGGUCGAGUUUUCCGGGAUUGGAAACUAAGUUUCCGAGCGGUAAAUUUGUCCAGCACGGAAGUUCUGCCGUUUGCAGCACAGGUGUUCAGUGCAUAGCCGAAUCUGGAUUACUGAUUAGGCCGCUCCAACCAGUGGAGCUGAUACAACCAUCAGUCAAAAAAGAAAUAGAUCUUUUAAAAGGUCAAAGUAACCAAACAAUACUAAAACCAACCCCUUGUUUUGAUCAAGAUAACAGACAACCACCAACAGCACCAAGCAGCACACCAGUUAAUAACCGCGCAGAGAAAAAAAAUACUUUAGAAGUUCAACCGUUUUAUCGAAGCAAUUAUAUGAAUAUGUCUGCCUUAACGAGCGAAGAUGGAGAUCUUCUGCUGCCUAAACUUGAAAACCGAGCGGCAAUUAUUCAGGAGUAUAACCGGAACAAUGUGCAUACAGCAAAGACCAGCAUUUCCCAACACCGCUUUCCUGGUUUAGCGAAGGAUACGGUUCGAGAACAAAGUAGAAGUGGAACAGCAUGCGAAGGACUUGCUCCAUACUUCGUACAAAGUACUUUAAACGAUGUCGAACGAUUACCUGCAAUUCAUCCACACGUCUGGAGUUCCCGUGAUGAAAAACGGAUUGAGUAUCGUGGUUUUGUGUCAGCUCUGCCAAUGUCAGCAUCCCGACCGGGUACAGUCCGGGAUAAAUUUAGUACAAAGAUACAAAAAACUACAAGCAAUAAAAUCAAAACCGCCAAUAAAGAAGAAACAGUGAAUGAAUGUUGGCGCUGUGCUCUUAGAAUGGAGCAUUCCAAGUGUGAAACAACGAAAUAUAUAAGAAUCGGUGGUGGAUUCCGACAUAGCUAUUGGUUUGUACGUCAACUGAUUGAACAAGCCAAAGAAGAGGAGGAAAAACAACUUAAUCUACUUCGGCAUGAACAACGAGUUAUAUUUACAGAGAAACUUGCCUGGAGAGUCAACAGCGAUGGAAAAAGGGAGCGACGAAUUAAAACGUUUGUGCGCUCGAAAAGUGGACGCCGGAUUGAGAAAUAUGAGUAUGUAUCCGAGGACGUAUACAAUGAAAUGGUUUCCCUUAACGCUGCCGGCAAAAAUGCAACACAUUCUGCAAAGAGACGAAUGAAGGAAAAGCUGGCUGCUUCGCUUGGACUAAACAAAGAGGAUGCAAAUAUGUUGGAUUCAUGGGAUGCACAGUCAGUUGGUGCGGAUGAUGUUGCACUAGAUGAUGAUGGCAUUCCGUUGCUGAACGAUGAGGGUGAAUUAAUUAGUAUAACCGAUACUGAAACGAUUAAGAGAGCAAAACAGCGGCGUAACAAGAAGAGAACUGACGAUGACGACUCCUAUGAUGAAAGUGAAAGGGCGGAUAGUGGUCUCGCAUUUAGUGACACAGAAGCGCGCGAGAGGCGUCGAAGGAGACGUGGAUUUGAUGACAGCGAUGAAGAAAGUAUCUCUGGAAGGCGAAAAGGUAGAAGGCGCCGUCGUCAUCGACACUACAGUAAUGACAGUGAUGAAUAUGCAUCUGUUGACAGUGGAGCAGACUCAGCCUCACAAAGCAACAGAAGACAUCACCGCAGGCGUCGCCACCGCAGGCGAAGAAGUAGUUCGGGCUCGGAUUACGAAAGUCGUUCUGACGAAAGUUCACACCGAGAUCGCCGACGCAGAAGACGUCGAAGACACAGUAGCAGAGGAUCUGGAUAUAGCUCAAGCACUUCUGGAUCACACAAACGAGGUAGGAGCAAUCGCAAACGACACGGACGACGUCACCGCAGAUCAUCAAGAAGCAGCACAGACAGUGAUUUGGAUGACGAUUCCCGAAGUCGAAAACGUCACAAAAACCGCAAAAAAGGAAGAAGGCACGACCAUCACUAUUCAGAUUCAUCCAGCGAUAGGCAUCGGCACAGACGAAGAAGACGCAGACAUCACAGUGACAGCAGUUCAUCUUAUGAUUCUAUUUCGUCGAGCGAAUAUUCAACUUCAAGAAGGAAACACGAUCGAAGGCGUCGCAGAAAAGACAAAUAUGAUGACGAUUCUGAUUCGUACAGCGAGGACGACCGAAAAGGAAAGCGGAGAGAUACUCAUAGAAGACACCGCCGUCGAAGAUAUUCCACGAGCACCGAAGAAAGUUCUGCAGGAGACGAAAAACCAUCGCGUAGAAGAGACAGACACAGAAGAUCUCGAAAACUGAGCGACUCCGACUCCGAUAGUUACUACUCCUAUGAAAGAAGGCGACAUGGCAAGAAGAAACGACCGCCGCGUCCCCCGAGUACCGAUUCUAGCUCGCUUAGUUCAGAAGAAAAUGCUGAGCGGUUAGCUAAAAUGUCAAAAAAAGAAAGGAAAGCGUAUGAGAGGCGUCGACAAGAAAAGAUCGUAAGGGCAGAAAAGCGACAACAACAAAGAAAGGAAUACGAGCGCUAUAUUGAUAAAAAAGAAAAACGGAAGCAGAGAAGAAGAGAGAGAGAAGGCAAAGACUACGUAUCAUCAAGUUCUGACGAUGAUAGUUGGGUCGAUGGUCGAACUGCGGUUAAAUAUGACAAAGGAAGCCGUCGAAAAAUUUUGGAUAAGAACCAAAAGUCAGAUGGAAGAGAUAUCGGAUAUGAUGAUCCGGACGAUCCUUGGAACAAGAAGUCUCAUAAACGAGAAAAAAAGAAGCAACGGUCUCAGAAGAAAAAACAAGGGUCAGAUUCUGAUGUCACCUCUUCAGAUGAUAAAUCGGAUGAUGUGGCGAGUCUUUCCAAACAAAAUAAAAAGAAGAAGAAAGAAAAAGGAGCAAAGGGACAUUCUUCAGAUGACAGCGAUGACGUUGAAUCUAUUUACGAAGACGUUUUUCAGGAAGAUGGUACAGUACAAAGAAGACGAAUGAAAGUAACAAAAAAGAAAGGAUCAAAAGUUAAAAAGGUUUACGAAGAUGAUGAACUGGAUGCCGAAUCAGAAUAUGAUUCAAUUGGGAGUGCGGAUGCCGACAAACUUAUUUCAAGACAAAUAUAUGACAAAGACGGCGAAGUAAUUCGACUGACGAAGGAUGGGAGGCGCAUCAAAGACGGGAAGAUAAGUAAGGAGGUGUUUGAUAUUAGUAAACAUCAAGAGAAAAAGAAAAAGAAGAAGAAAGAGAAACAAAUGUUAGAGAAGAGUUAUGAAGAGGAGUACGUUGAAGAAUUUAUGGACGAAGAAGGAAGAAUUGUUAAAGUAGUUAAGAAACGCUUAAAGGAAAAAACAACAGCUUUAGGAAAACGACCAUCCACACCAUUAACUGGUCAACGAAGAGUUCAAGUUCUAUUUUUAAAGGGUGGGACACACAUGCAGAACCGCCUUAAACAACUUUUGGAAAAAUGUUCAUUGAAUGAUUCCGAUCCUAGGUUUUCAGUUUUGGCACAAGAACACGGCACAUCUGAUCUCGACGAGAAAGAAGGCGCUAUUGACUACUUAUCACAUUAUCGCUUGGUGGAGCCAGCUAGCCUUGAAAUUUACGGAAAGGCGUUUUUAGUUGAAGAUAGAGAUGAAAAUUAUCUUUUAAACAUGGAAGAAACAAGAGUUGCAUUAGAAGGUAUCCCAAGUCUACAGGGAAUGAGUGACAAGCAAAUUAACUACAUUUUGAAAGUGCUUGGAAUUGAUGAAACAACUACAGUAACAUUCAAGAUGUUCGCCGUUGUUUGUGCGCUUUGUGAACGAUUUCUCAGCAUUGUCGAUGACCAAACUCGACAGUGGAUGGAAAUAAACGAUUUGGCGGAUAUGGAACGAAAGAUCGGUUUAUACAGAGCCAUGUUCUACUGGAACACAAGCUCAGAUCGAAGUUCGAACUACAUAAAAGUGACUUCACUUCGAAUCGAACUUAUUGCUGGGGGUUUAAGUCGUGCACAGGAAGAUUACGUCAUAAACAAAAUAGAGCCAAAUCCCUAUAGAGAAGUCUCGUUCAUUGACUACAUGGCGUUCAUUCCUUUAUUUUUGAUCACCCAUGAAAGUAUCAUUGACAACCCCCUGGACAUGUCAAGAGACAAAAUCAGCAAUGAUAAAGUAUUGGAGCCCCAAAGAGACAUGGUACCUCUUGGUCGUCCAAUGACAAAAGCAGCAGCAACUACUAUGAAUUCUUUCCCUAUACCUUAUGAAUUUGAAAUACAACCCGGGUUUACACCCGCAAAACGCAUUCGAUUGAAGUUGCGAGUUUCAAAGGAUCCAACAGUAGAUGGCGAUCGACGUGACUCAUUUGCAAGCAGUGUAUAUUGACUCUCGUUAAUUAAAAUUGUAUAAACUGUAAUUGUUUGUAACUUAUUUGCACUGUAAAGCCUUCUUGAGCAACGCUACAGAACAACACUCUUGUUGUUGUUUCUUUUAAAUGUAUAGGUAAAAAUGAAUAAAUAUCCAUUACAA